AUGUCUUAUGAGAACAGUAAGGAAUUGUACUUAGGAUUUGAUUUAUCAACUCAACAAUUAAAAAUCAUUGUUACUGAUGAUAAUUUGAAUCAUUUAAAUACUUAUAAUGUCGAAUUCGAUAGUGAGUUUAAAAAGUAUGGAAUUUCUAAAGGUGUUUUGACUGAUGAAUCUACAGGUGAGAUCUUAAGUCCUGUAAAUAUGUGGUUAGAUUCAAUCAAUUAUGUUUUUGAUGCUAUGAAGAAAGAUGGAUUCCCAUUUGAAAAAGUUAGAGGUAUAAGUGGAUCAGCUCAACAACAUGGGUCAGUCUUUUGGUCAAACAAAGCUAACGAUUUAUUGGGAGAGUUGGAUUCCUCUAAAGAUUUAUCAAGUCAAUUAGAUGAUGCUUUUACAUAUAAAAUGUCACCCAAUUGGCAAGAUCAUUCUACCGGUAAAGAAAUUAAAGAAUUCGAAGAAUUGGUAGGAGGUGCUGAUAAUUUGGCUAAAAUAACCGGUUCUAGAGCUCAUUAUAGAUUUACCGGUUUACAAAUUAGAAAAUUGGCCACUAGAAAGAAUCCUAAAUUAUAUAAAGAAACUUCAAGAAUCUCCUUAGUUUCUUCAUUUGUUGCCAGUGUUUUGUUAGGUAAUAUUACUAAUAUCGAAGAAGCUGACGCUUGUGGGAUGAACUUGUAUGAUUUAAAUACCAAUUCCCAUGAUGAUGAAUUAUUAGCAUUAUCAGCUGGAGUUGGCAAAAUCGAUAAAGUUUCAGAAGAUGAAAAAAUCAAAGGUAUUGAAGAAUUAAAAUCCAAAUUGGGUGAUAUUAAGCCUAUCACUUAUAAAUCCGACGGAUUGAUUUCAUCGUAUUUUAAGAAUAAAUAUGGUUUUAAAGAUUGUAAGAUUUAUUCGUUUACAGGAGAUAAUUUAGCUACUAUAAUUUCAUUACCUUUGAAUCCUAAUGAUAUUUUAGUUUCUUUAGGGACUUCUACCACAGUAUUGUUAAUCACUAAAAAUUAUAAUCCAUCAUCUCAAUAUCAUCUUUUCAAACAUCCAACAUUACCUGAUCAUUACAUGGGAAUGAUUUGUUAUUGUAAUGGAUCAUUAGCCAGAGAAAAAAUCAGAGAUGCUGUGAAUGAAAAAUACGGUAUUGAGGACAAAUCAUGGGAUAAAUUCAAUGAAAUCUUGGACAAAGCUAAAUUUGAUAAAAAAUUAGGUAUUUAUUUUCCCUUGGGAGAAAUCGUACCCAAUGCUUCAGCUCAAUUCAAAAGAAGUAUUUUAGAAGGUAACGAAUUAAAAGAUGUUGAACAAUGGGACGUUGAAAAUGAUGUGGGAUCAAUUGUUGAAUCACAAACAUUAAGUUGUAGAUUAAGAACCGGACCUAUGAUUUCUGGUUCAAACAAAGAAUCCACACCAACUGAAAAUUCUCAACAUUUACAUCAAAUUUAUGAUGAUUUACAUGAAAAAUUCGGUGAUUUGUACACCGACGGUAAACCUCAGAACUUUGAUUCUUUGACUUCAAGACCAAAUAAUAUCUUCUACGUUGGUGGGGCUUCAAAUAAUCAUUCCAUCAUUAAGAAAAUGGGAUCUAUUCUAGGUGCAAAUAAUAAAAACUAUAAAGUAGAAAUCCCUAAUGCAUGUGCUUUAGGAGGAGCUUAUAAAGCUAGUUGGGGAUACUUUUGUGAACAAAAAUCAGAUUUCGUUAACUUUAACCAAUAUUUGAAUGAUAAAUUUGAUUUCAAUGAUUUAGAUCAUUUUGAUGUUGAUGAUGAAUGGGAAAGUUAUUUCGAAGGUGCUGGAAUGUUAGCAAAGAUGGAACAAGAAUUAAAACAUGAUUGA